AGGUGGAGUAUCUGCUGGAUUCGGAGGACACGUUGGCGGCUUAUGUGCGGAAGAGUAGUGGUCAUGAGCCGACGGCAGGGCCAUCGCAGGAGGCGGAGGAGAAGCGGGUGAUCGAUGGUUUGGUGAGUAUGGCCGGUCGAGACGGGGCAAUAUCGAUCAUUCAAGGAUACGAAAAAAUGAAGGGUAAACUGACGGAAAUGAUCGCGAAAAAGGCCGCAAAUAACAGUACGGUGACGGAGGAGGAUGUGAAGAGAGUGUUUAAUGAGCUGCGAGGCGAACGCAAGAGACCGAGG